AAUCAGAGAAACCCUGGAAAAUGAGGAAUGGUGGCACCAUUUCUUUUUUAUCAACAGCAACACUAGCAACAUCACCAAUCCAAUCUCCAAGAUUGCAUUCAUCACCAAUACCAUUUCUGUUUGGAGGAUUAGCAGCUAUGUUUUGUUUAAUUGCGAUCGCUCUUUUGAUCCUCGCUUCUUCUACUUGGAAAUUAUCUAUGUUUUUAUGUAAUGAUAAUAACUGUGAAGGAUCCACACAUCGUGGUGGUGGUGGUGGUGGUGAUAAAUCAGCGGAAGAAGAAAGCGUUAAAGUAGUGUACGAAGGGCAGAUCGGUCUGAUCAUGGCUGGUGAUGUUAAACCUACUUAUUUAGCUGUACCUAGAUCAUUAGGUGAAAAACCUAAGGAAAACGAAGAUCAAAGUGAUGUAAUUAGACGAGCCCUAGAAAACCCACAUCAUCAAACCCAGUGAUAAUUUUUUUUUCUUCUUUUUUCCUUCUUCUGUUGUAGUUCAAUCGUUAAAGGAAUUGGAACGGGUUUAC